AUGCUGACAGUUCCUCAUACCCUCGCGGCCUUGGCCGUUCUGCCAUUUGUUGCAGCCCUCCAGCCCGUGCCAGCCUUCAAACCAGUACGAGCACGAAGAACUGCAGCUCAAAGCAGUGUUUCUCCCAGCCGUCAUGUCUCAUUGCCUUAUCAGUCAGACAACUCGUCGGCCGUCGCGCAGGUCGAAGCUGACUUUAAUCUUCUCACGUUUAACCUAGAAGAUGUCGCUUCUCUUAGCAGUGUGGAUGAUCACAUCGAAUACUUCUCCGUCCAAUUCAACUCUAGUGCUCCCAUCUCGGGGAAGAAGAGACGUGACUUCAGUGUCUCCGAUACACUGGACUAUGAUUGGAGUGGAGAGCUCAUCAAUCUAGACGACCUAGAGAUCGAUGUUUACUCAUCAACUCUAACAGCUACUGUGGAAUUAAGCGGUGGAAUCAAUUACAAUUCGACCACCAAAGCCUACAGUGGCUAUCUGGAGUUUGACCUCGGCUUCGUAGGUGAUAUUGAUGUUCAGGCAUACGCGAAAGCAUCCUACUCGGACGAUCUGUAUGACUACACCGUCGCAGAUGUUUCAGUCUCAGCCAUUGAUAUCGACGAUAUUAUCAAAAUCGGACCAACCAUCGAGCUUUCCCUUGGUGUUGAGUUCGCUAUUACCGGAUCUGCAAAUGUCACCGCCGACGUCACAAUGGAAGUAACCGAUGGGAAAAUCUACAUCGACCUGCUUGAGAGCAGUGGAUCCUACACUUCUGGAUGGACUCCGACUUACACUGCGGAUGCAAACUUAACCACUGAGGUCGAUGCGGAGCUUAAUCCCUAUGUGGAACUUGACCUUUCCAUUGGCAUUGAGAUUCUUGAUGUUGUCGACAUCUCGGUUGGUAUUGAGGCAACUGCUGAAAUUUUGAAUGAGUUCUCUGUUGAUGGCAACUUCAGUCUCAGUAGCACUACUGGAGCUAGCCUCACUGAUGGAAGUGGCUCUUGUAGCAAUGGUUAUUGGUAUGCAUGUGACUUUGUCUUUGACAUUGAGGCUUAUGUUACGGACAUCUGGUCGGAUACUCUGUAUGAGGUUACUAUUCCUAUCUAUGAGACUGAGUGCAUCGCAUUCUGA